GAUGGUUCAAUAGCAUAAACCAUAAAAGAUAGUUGGUGUAGGCGUAGAUAACUAAGUUCACUGACACUGAAUUGAGAAUCCAACGUUGUUUGAUUCCACAGCACAACUCACCUCUUUCAAGUGUGCGUUUGUUGAAAUUGUUCGUUCUGCUCCGAGUUCCCACUUUCACCUCAAUCAACAAACAUACAACAAAAUGCAAUUUCAGAAGAUAAGGGUUGACAACCCCAUCGUCGAAAUGGAUGGAGAUGAAAUGACGCGAGUGAUAUGGAAAUUGAUAAAAGAUAAGCUUAUUUUCCCUUAUUUGGAGCUGGAUAUUAAGUAUUUUGACCUUGGCCUUCCUCAUCGGGAUGCCACUAAUGAUAGAGUUACCAUUGAGAGUGCUGAAGCUACACUCAAAUAUAAUGUAGCUAUCAAAUGUGCAACUAUAACUCCAGAUGAAGCUCGUGUCAAGGAGUUUAACUUAAAACAAAUGUGGAAAAGUCCAAAUGGGACAAUCCGGAACAUUUUAAAUGGUACAGUUUUUAGAGAGCCAAUUAUCUGUAAAAACAUUCCUCGUCUGGUUUCAGGCUGGACAAAGCCAAUAUGCAUUGGAAGACAUGCUUUUGGAGAUCAAUAUCGGGCAACUGAUACCAUUAUAAACGGCCCAGGAAAACUAAAAUUGGUGUUUGCACCCAGUGGAAAUGAAGAAACUAAAGAUCUAGAGGUCUAUAACUUUACCGGUGUUGGAGGCAUAGCUUUGUCCAUGUAUAAUACUGACGAGUCCAUUAGAGCUUUUGCUGAAGCUUCGAUGAACAUUGCUCACCAGAAAAGAUGGCCUCUCUAUCUUAGCACUAAAAAUACCAUUCUAAAGAAAUAUGAUGGAAGAUUUAAGGACAUUUUCCAGGAAGUUUUUGACAGUCAAUGGAGCCACAAAUUUAAAGCUGCAGGAAUAUGGUAUGAACACCGUCUUAUAGAUGAUAUGGUUGCUUAUGCUCUCAAAAGUGAUGGAGGUUAUGUAUGGGCCUGUAAGAAUUACGAUGGGGAUGUGCAGAGUGAUUUCUUAGCACAAGGAUUUGGUUCUCUUGGCUUGAUGACAUCAGUACUGGUUUGCCCGGAUGGGAAAACCAUUGAAGCAGAAGCAGCCCAUGGCACUGUUACCCGUCAUUAUCGGGUUCAUCAGAAGGGAGGUGAAACCAGUACAAACAGUAUUGCUUCAAUUUUUGCCUGGUCACGAGGUCUUGCACAUCGGGCAAAGCUAGAUGGAAAUGCUAAAUUGUUGGACUUCACGGAGAAACUUGAAGCAGCUUGCAUUGGAACAGUUGAAUUGGGAAAGAUGACAAAGGAUCUUGCGCUUCUUGUUCAUGGACCUAAGGUUUCUAGGUCCCAGUAUUUGAAUACUGAAGAUUUCAUUGAUGCUGUUGCCGAGGAGCUGAGAAGAAGAUUAUCUUCACAGUCAAAGCUGUGAAGAUCAAGAUGAAAUUCUCCAAUAAAUGUUCUUCAGUUCUUUCAUAUUUCUUUUUCUUUCUUGGAGGGGAAUUCUAUUGCUUCUUAGUUUCAUAUACUUGAUCAUCAAAAUUGGGACACAGAAGGGGAAAAUGUUGGGGGGGGGGGGGAGGGGGCCUCACUGUUAACACUUUUAAUUGCAUUUUGCUUCAGCUAUUAGAAUUCAUCAUCUGAAGAACGCAUGCCGUGUACUACAAGCUCCAUACUGGUAAUUAUGAAAGGCUGAAUAAUAUUUUUUUCAUUAUCAAAACAUAUUCUUAAACUGAAUUUUGCAAACAAUAGUGCUACUUUGGUUGUCCUUACAACAGCAUUAAAGACAUUGUAAGAAAAACAUGGGAAAAAAGAAUGUUCUUUCAACAAAUUUAUGUUUACAAUGUAUAUUUCUCAGGGAUGUAUCCAAUUUUCUUUUGGGAAAGAAGUGACACUUUGUACAGUAUAUUCUUUUUAAGGAAGUAUAAUUUUACCUGAAAUAUAAGGGAUUCUUGCUGCUAAAAAUACUCAAAGUCUACGUAAGAAUCAGAAGAUUUUUUGGUGUUUUUAUCAUUAGCAAUAUCUGCCAUCUUCUUGUCAACUGGGGGUGCUGUGUCUUUGCUAGCAUACUUGGAAAAGUCUAUGGCAUCUGGUAUAUGAGGAGGUGUGGCACUUCUGACAAGAGCCCAAUUCACACCCUCGAAAAAUGGAUGUUGUUUUAUCUCUGUAGCUCCUCUUUUGUAUGCAAUUCUCUUCUGAGGCUCUUUCACCAACAACCCUCUAAUGAGAUCACGAGCCACAGAACUUACCUGUGGAGUUUCUGGGAACCUCAGUGGUUGUCCAACAACAUUGAAAAGUGUGGCUUUAUAUCCAGCACCCUUAAAAGGGGUUGUUCCAUGCAACAGCUCAUACAAGAAGAUACCAAAAGUCCACCAAUCCACUGCACUACCAUGACCCUCUCCUUUGAUGAUCUCAGGAGCAAGAUAUUCAUGUGUUCCUACAAAUGACAUUGAACGCACAUUGGUUGGUUCUGCCAUCAGUUCAGGAAGCCUUCCUCCACCAACCAAUAGGCCAAAGUCUGAUUUUGCCUUGCGGUUCUUCUUUGAAGGCAAAAUGCGUGGGAAAAAACUUGAUGGUUGAGCACUACUUUGCACUGAUUGGUCAUCACCUAACAUGCCUCCAGAAUCACCACCACCACCACUAUUACUUGCAUGAGCUGAUGAAGACUUGACUAGUGUAGGACUCACAGAACAGCGAAGGGACAAGUCAAAAUCUGAGAGCAUGAUGUGCCCUUCAUCUCUCACCAAAAGAUUCUCCGGCUUCAAGUCUCUGUAUACAAUGCCAAGCAUGUGUAGGUAUUCCAGAGCUAACAAUACCUCUGAAGCAUAAAACCUGUCACAAGAAAUUUGAGCAUGAACUUCUUAAGUUGAUCUAGAAAUUGUUAUCGGAAAGGUGAAAUCGAAGGGUGAACAGGAGUCAUAAAAGUAGGGGAAAAAAUGAGUCACUGUUUAUAGGAGGAAUUGGCAAAGGAUAAUGCAUGGAGCAAUGAUUAUAGGAGCAAUUAUUUGUGG